AUGGAAGACCUUUUUCGAUGUCGGAUAAACAAUGUUGACCACUACCAGGCUACACCAAUCGCUGAUUUCGACCCUCCUGUUCCUGAUAUAAGAGCUGGUUUCAAGGGCAAGGGCAAGAAUGUCCCUAAGGUUCCGAUUAUACGCGUCUUUGGCGCAACUCCUACAGGCCAAAAGGUUCUGAUGCAUAUUCAUGGCGUAUUUCAAUACACAUAUAUUGAAUAUAGCGGAAGUCUACAGAAAGAGCCUGUUGAUGUCGCUAUUCAGACCUUGCGGACGUCGAUCGAUCAUGCACUUGCUGUCAGCUUUCGUCAAAAUCCCUACGAUGAGAAGAGUAGCUUGGUCAAGGGUGUCCCCUUCUAUGGCUAUCACGUCGGCUACAAGUCCUACUUGAAGAUCUAUCUCCUGAACCCUUCCCACAUGACGAGACUUGCCGACCUUUUUCGCGAAGGUGCUAUUAUGAAGAGAGUCCUCCAGCCUUAUGAGAGCCACAUGCAAUACAUAGCCCAGUGGAUGUGUGAUUAUAACCUGUACGGCUGUGCCUACCUCGAUUGCGACAAGGUCAAAUUUCGAAGUCCUGUGCCCGACUGGCUUGAGAUCAGCCAUCUGCAUCCAUGGCAUGACCAGUCUAUUCCCUCAUAUAUGGUCUCCGAUCCUGCUAUCAUACCAAAACAGAGUUAUUGUGCACUCGAAGUCGAUGUUCGUGCUGAGAACAUCGUGAAUCGCUGGAACAUCGAGGCACGAGACAUCCAUCACGACUUUGUCGAGCGGCUGCAACCCGUCUCUGCAAACAAAAAGCUUGUUCAGAGCAUGCGAAGUUUGUGGAAAGAUGAGACAAAACGACGUAAAAUGCGUAUGGGAUUGGUCGACCUGCAUAGCACACCCUUCCCAGCGGAUGUAUUGAUUUCCAUGUCGGCUGAUCCACGCAACAUUGAUCCUGGCGGCUGGGUUCACGAAGAAGAGUUCCGCAAUAAGCUUGGACAGCUAGCACAAGAAGAACAUGAGAGCGCAGAAGCUGGAGUCCUUAACUUCGAUAAUUUUGUCAAACCUGUACCACUAGAAAAUGAGGUACAGACUGCGUUGCAGAGUGUGGAAGACUUGUACAGUCAUAAUAUCGAAAAAUUGCUCAAUACCGAAACAGACCACGAAACUCCAGCCCGAAGCACCCAGGCUGUUGUAGAUGGAGCUCUCAUUCUCGGUGCUGGACUGGCAGACGAAGCAGGCAAUAGCAACUCGUUCUUGGAGACACCAUUGUCGAAAGCUGUUCAAAGUGGUACUGACAGUUCUAGCUCUGUCUCGAAUGUCAUGGAGCCGAUAAGCUCAAAUGAAUACGCAUCAUUCGGGAUUAGGCAAAUCAAUGACCUUUCUAAGCUCGAAGACGAUAGCUUCAAAAUACCUUCGGAUUUUCUCCUAACCAGAAAGCCGAAGAAAUCAAGUUUGAAGCGAAGGGGAUCCAGCUCAAAGGACGGGGAGACUCCACAACCGAAGAAACCUCGUUUCAUUGACGAUGUUGUAGUAGACGUGGACACAAAAUUGCCACAAUAUGGAUUUGGACUACACGAUGAUGGUCGUGCUGAUGAAUCGGCAGCUCCUCUCGGGCAGGUCCUUGUUCCUAUUGAACAACAAGACGCCGACAUGCUGCAACAGUUCGAAGCUGCUUCUAAAAGUCCUAAGAAGACCUCUCAGCAGUCCACAUUACGCUUUGCGGUCGUGAAGGACCCGAACGACCUCAAUACGAUUAAACGAUUGAGCCAGCAGAGUAACUCGCCUGAGAAGAAGUCCAUAGCACAACCUGAAAAGACAGCCUCUAAAGCUCCGAUAAACUCAUCUGUUACUCCAGUCAAGCCUCUUGCGAGCUCACUGGGAAGCAAGAAGAACCCGGAGUCUCCUGCAAAAUCACCAGGAUUGAUAUGUGGAUUACCACGACCGAAAAAGUCCAAUAUACUUCAAGUGCUAGCAACACCGCCACCUACCUCCAGCCACGUCAUAAACUCGAUGAGAGAUAAUGGACUGCCAGAUAUUAUCUACCAGGGAGCAUACUACAGCCUAGAAAAGGAUGUACCCGCAAUCAAUCGGGAGUAUGCUGGCAAAGAAUUCAGGUUUGGAAGCAUUACCGUACCAUAUUUGCCAGCUUUCGAUCCACUCGGUUUGUCUUCGGACACGACUGAGAGGCAAAUGUCCGUCACAUUUGAUGAGGGAGGGGAAGAUCUUGCCGAUCGUCAAAGACGACAACGAUGCUCAUACAGACAUUGGUCCGUUGCAGCAUUACCACCGAGUCGUGCGAAGGUGGCAAAACAUUUUGCUCGCCAUGUAAACAAAGGACCAAAUUACAACGUUCAGACGACCUCGCGUGCGCGAAAGGAUUUGUCUCAAAUCCAAGGACCGACACAGAUUAAUGGUGGCUUUAAGUACUCCCUGAGGCAGGAAAGUACCAGCGUCCAGCACGAGACGCAGUAUAUGAGUGUUAUGAGUCUCGAAGUACACGUAAACACAAGAGGAACAUUGGCUCCCAAUCCUGAACAUGACCCAAUCACAUGCAUCUUCUGGUGUUUUCAAUCCGACGACGAAGAUGUAGUCGUCAAUACAGACGAGGCUGGUACUCAUGCAGGCAUUCUUGCACUUGCUGAAGAGAAUCCAAUGUCCAGACGAAUUUCACAGAUUGUGCCUAUUGACGUUGAAGAAGAACAAUCUGAACUGGAACUUUUGACUCGAAUGGUCGAUAUUGUUAGACAAUGGGAUCCGGAUAUCCUAACGGGCUAUGAAGUUCACAAUAACUCAUGGGGCUAUCUCAUCGAACGGGCACGACUGAAAUACGAUUUGAACUUCUGCGACGAUAUAUCAAAGAUGAAGUCACAAUCACACGGCCGCUUUGGGAAGGACGAGGAUAGAUGGGGCUUCAACCACACCUCGACAAUUCGAGUCACUGGACGGCAUACUAUCAACAUCUGGCGAGCAAUGCGCGGCGAGCUCAACCUCCUCCAAUACACUAUGGAAAAUGUAGCAUUUCAUCUCCUCCACAAACGUAUACCACACUACACCUUCGCAGACUUGACCAAGUGGUACAAAAGUCGCAAUCCUAAAGAUCUAGCCAAGGUCAUCGGCUACUUCUCAAACCGAGUCCAAAUUGAUCUGCAAAUCUUAGAAGCUAAUGAACUUGUGCCUAGAACAAGUGAGCAAGCUCGAUUAAUAGGUGUGGACUGGUUUAGCGUCAUCUCGCGUGGCUCGCAGUUCAAAGUCGAAAACAUCAUGUUUCGAAUCGCCAAACCUGAGAAUUUCAUCCUUGUGUCACCAAGUCGACGACAAGUUGGUGGACAGAAUGCUCUUGAAUGCCUCCCACUCGUUAUGGAACCGCAAAGCAACUUUUAUACCAGUCCGAUGCUUGUGUUUGACUUUCAGAGUCUAUACCCCAGUGUUAUGAUUGCCUACAAUUAUUGUUAUUCGACCUUCCUGGGCCGGGUUACCAAUUGGCGCGGUACGAACAAGAUGGGUUUCACAAACUACCAGCGUCAGGAACGCUUGCUUGAGCUUCUGAAAGACGACAUCAACCUUGCACCCAAUGGUAUUAUGUAUGCAAAGCAACAUGUACGCCGGUCUUUGUUAGCGAAAAUGCUCAGCGAAAUCUUGGAGACAAGAGUCAUGGUCAAGAGUGGAAUGAAAGAAGACAGAGACGACAAAACGUUACAGCGACUCUUGAACAACAGGCAGUUAGCACUCAAGCUCAUCGCAAAUGUCACCUAUGGGUACACAUCGGCUUCAUUCUCAGGCCGCAUGCCGUGCUCAGAAAUUGCGGACAGUAUAGUUCAAACAGGCAGAGAAACAUUAGAAAGAGCUAUUGCGCUUAUUCACUCUAUCGAAAGAUGGGGUGCAGAAGUGGUUUAUGGUGAUACAGACAGCCUCUUCGUGUAUCUCAAAGGUCGUACAAGAGAACAGGCGUUUGCCAUCGGCAAUGAGAUCUCAAAGACCAUUACGGACAUGAACCCACGGCCAAUCAAGCUCAAGUUCGAGAAGGUUUACCACCCGUGCAUGCUGCUCGCAAAAAAGCGGUAUGUAGGGUUUAAAUACGAAAAUGUCAAGCAGACGAAGCCUGAAUUCGAGGCGAAGGGCAUUGAAACUGUACGACGUGAUGGUACGCCAGCUGAGCAGAAGAUUGAAGAAGUCGCACUCAAGAUGUUAUUCCGGACGAGUGAUCUAAGUCGGGUAAAAUAUUUCUUCCAGGAGCAAUGCAGAAAAAUUAUGCAAGGACGAGUCUCGGUGCAAGACUUUUGUUUCGCACGCGAAGUCAGGCUUGGGACUUACUCAGAUCGUGGUCUGCCACCACCCGGGGCUUUGAUCAGUGCACGCAAAAUGCUGGAGGACCCACGGCUCGAGCCACAAUAUGGUGAACGAGUUCCAUAUGUGGUCGUUACUGGUGGGCCGGGAGCAAGACUCAUUGACCGCUGCGUUGCGCCUGACGUGUUGCUGAACGAUCCGCAGCAACAGCUUGAUGCUGAAUAUUAUAUUGGCAAGAACAUCAUUCCUCCGCUCGAAAGAAUCUUCAAUCUUGUGGGGGCCAACGUACGACAAUGGUACGAUGAAAUGCCCAAGGUUCAACGCAUCAGACAAGUCAAUGUGAGUGGGCAAGAGCUCUUACCUAACGGCAAAACCGCCAAAAAGAGCACGUUGGAGUCAUAUAUGAGAAGUUCGCACUGUGUGGUAUGUCACCGAACAAUCGACAGUGUGGUGCCGCUUUGCGCUAGCUGCCGCAGUCAACCUGCUCAUAGUCUUUUGGUACUGCAGUCGAAGCUCACGAAAGCUGAGAAAAGAAAGGUUGAUUAUGACCGGAUAUGUCGGUCCUGUUCUGGGUUUGCGUGGGGUGAGGAGGUUCGAUGUGAUAGUAGGGAUUGUCCGGUGUUCUAUUCCAGGGUUAGGGCAGGGACAGUUAAGGUUAAUAGUACGGCACUGUUGGCGUCGGUGAUGGAGAUUUUGGAUCAGGAUGCUCAGACGGGUGAUGGGCUUGAGUGGUAA